CUAACUAAAUUCAAACAUGAAAUUUUUCAUACUGUUGCUGAGCUUGACUUUGGCCCUGGCCGAUGAGCAUGAGCAUCAUCAUAAUGACCAUGAAGACCAUGACCAUGAUCAUGCUCAUCAUGUCACUGGCUAUGUGGUAAAGACGCAUGAGGAUCUGGUCAAAUAUCGGCAUUUGUGCGCCGAGCAGGUGCACGCCACCGAAGAGGAUGUGGCCAAGUAUAUUAAAUGGGAAUUUGCGGACGAGGAGAAGAGUCGCUGCUACUUGAAGUGCGUCUUCGAGCAGUUUGGUUUCUUUGAUGCCACCCAUGGCUUCGAUGUGCACAAGAUCCAUGAGCAGCUGUCUGGCGGUGCUCAUGUCGAUCAUACGGAUGAGACCCAUCACAAGAUUGUGGCCUGUGCGGACAGCAAUACGCAGGGCAGCGAUGCCUGCACCUGGGCUUAUCGCGGCGGCAUGUGCUUCAUGCGCUCCAAUCUGCAGCUGGUCCAGCACAGCGUCAAGGCCUAAGAGCUUAGUCUAACCAGACACUUGGAAAAAUAUCCAAAAUAAAUUCGUGCACACUGAAUAAAA